GAGGUUGUGGUGAGGGUUUGUGUGGCUGUGCUCGGCGUUGGGCUGUGAACUCGAUGCGCGCGCGUUAUCAGUUGAUAAGAUAACGCACGACUGAUACUGAUUGAUUGAUAUAUAAUAUAAAAGAAAUUGCACUGCAGACUGCUCUGUAUUUAUGAAUAAUUAUUUAACAUAAACAUAAAGAAUAAACUUGCUGUGACACUGGUUGUGCUCAUGUGAUUAACACUGACAAGAGGAGACCGCAGAAGACCCUCAUGUAAUUUCAUGGGCUGACAGAUAAACGGCUCAGAGUCCAGAACAAUGAGCAAGUUAUUUCCAAUGUUCAAGAAGAAGGGGAGGGGGAAGGAAGAGGAAAUAGAGGAUGAGACAAAAAAGAAGAAGAGAAGUAAGACAGGAAAGGGGAAAGAGGAGUUUAUCAGUUCCUCUCUUCCAUCCCUGUCCCCCUCUUUCUCUAAAUCAGGUAAGAAGAAAAAGAAGGAGAAAGAUGCAAAGCAGAAAGAAUUGUCAUUUGGCAAGGAGAAUCUUUUUGUGGCGGACAUGGAGGAACUGCAGAACCGAGAGUUCUACAUUGAUGACGAUGGUUCUGUUAAAACGGGGCCCAAGCUGGAAGUGACAAGUUUUGAUGUGUCCUUUGAAGAGGAAGUUAGCAUCCCAAGAGGAAAGGGCAGUGUCACUGAAGGGGACCUGGAAAUUGAUGUCCAGAUUGAUGAGGAGAGUGUGGUCAGUUUAAACAGGGAUGAUAGUGCAUCAGAAGAGAGUGGAAGUAGAUUGGAUUUUGAGGAUGGUGAUAUUUCCAGAAAAAGCUUUAAUGUUGUUGGGGGGUUCUCUGAGGAUGUUUUUGAGGCAAGCACAGACUUCUUCAAAGAUUCUAAUGUACCUGAUGAUGGAGCAAGUGCUGGUGAGGAAAUACUGGCAAAUAUUAGUGGAUCAUCUGAAAACACAGACCUUAUGAUUACUAGUCAUUCUGAGGAACCACAUCCUGAUGUGAAACACGAAGAACAAGAAGAUUCGGGCAUUAGUGUAAAGGAUCUCUCCCCUCCAGAGCUGGACAGAAGUGGUUCAUCGGAGAAGUUAUCUGAAAAAUAUGCUAAUAUGAAUGGAAAUUCAGAAGAAAAAGCAACUUGUAAAAUUGAAAAUGGGGAAUUGCCUGAUAUGGAGGACACAAAAGGAACUGAUGUGGAUACCAUUAGUGUUCGUGUUUGUUCUGCUACAAAGGAAGAUAAGUCAAUGGUUGUGAUCUCUAAUAGUGAAGAAACUCAGGAAGCAAAUCCAACUCUGAUUUUGCCUCAAAGGGAAAGUGACCCAGAUGAAAAUAGUGGAGAUACAGUAACACCGGAGGCAGAGACUGAACAUAUCAAAGAUGAUCAAAGCCUUUUGAGCAGCCAGGAUAGUGAUGAAGACUUUGAUUCAGCCCAGGAGGACUGGGAUGAAGCAGACGGGGGGGAACAGAAAGAGAGUAGUCCUGAAGGGUAUAAACCUGCUUUGUUGGAUGGCAGUGUAGUUGAAGAAAAGAGUAACCAUGAAAUUGAAUUAGCUGAGCAAGGUAAAUCACCAUCCGCUGAUCUGCUCUUGAAUGAAUCGGUUAAUAGUGUCAUGAUACAUAGGAUGGAGGAGGAGUGUGAAAAAGUUCAGGAUGUACAAAGAGAAAUUAGCAGUGGCUCUUCCCAAUUUGAAGAUGCAUGUUUUGUGCAGGAGAAUGCAGAUGCUGUUGGUAUUGAUACAGUAGUUGAAGCCUAUAAUGAUGAUGUUACAGUUGACCCUACGGGAGUUGAAAGAAAGAAUUCCCUAUCAAGGGAAAAGCUUGUCCGAAAAUUGUCAGGUGUAUCAACAACCUCCAGUGAUGCCUUCAAUGAGGAGUUAGAUGAGCUCUUAGAUGAAGAACUGGACAGAUUGUCAGAGGAGGAAGAAGGAUUAGAGUCAGAGGACAGCCAAUCCCUGAAGACAUGCCAGUCAUCGUUAGGAGAAGUCCUUGCAAGCAGCCAAGAUGCCAGUCUUUCUGAGGAUAUUUGUAGAGCAGGUGAAGAAGACCUUAAAGUUGAGGCCGAGUUGCCAGUAGAUUCCCCAGUUGUUACUGAAACGCCUGAUACACCUGGGAAAAGGAUAGAAGAGAAUGAAAUCAAAACAGAAGUAAUUGACACUGAUGUUACUGAUGGUAAAGCAGAGAUCUAUGACUUAUCACCUGAAAGCAGUACUAGCUUGAAGAACAGUACAAGUUCACCAGACAUAGCCAAGACCUCACUCCUAAACCCAGACGAAGGAACAGAAUUAGUGAAGGACAGUGGUUAUUAUAGCCUCCCUGUGUCACCUAAGCCUGGUAUAGAUUUGCGUGAGAAUAAAGAUAAUGCUAGUGUGGCCAACAAGGGUGACGAUUCUUUUGUUGAUAGUGAGGAAGAGGGGAUGGUCACCCCUCCCAGUGAAACAACAUUGGUGAAAGAUGAUUCUUCAAAACAAGAGGAAAGUGAGGAAUGUGUGGAUGAUACACUGCCUCAGAAUGGGUCAGCCCAUGAUGAAUCAACUGUUCUCUAUCAGUCUUGUCUUGAAAGCAAUGAAGCUGAAGAUACUGAAAAGACAGAUAAGGUAACAGAUAUCAUCAAUGACAUGCAUAGUGAAACUGAAAUAUCAGAACAUUCCAAGGAUUCCAGUUCAAGUAGAGGUAAAAAUCUUGAGCUUCACAUUCCAAAGGAUAUAACUACAGAGUUUAAAGAGGAAACCAGUUCUCCAAGUUUGGGAACACCAACCAAAAAUAGACUGAAAUCUCCAAUUCCUGAAAAUACACCACUCAAGGCAGACAGUGGUUCUCUGAAAAGUCCUGAUCCUGUUGGAGACAGGUUCUUGGCAGUAGCUGUUUGCCAAUCACACGAUGAAGCUGAGGCCCGGCUAGCCCAACGACGAGCAGCACGUGCAGAAGCGAGAGAACUGAGACUACGAGAACUCGAAAAGCAGCAGCAGGACCAAGAAAAUGAAGAGGAAAAGCAAUUUGGAACUCCUGCAUUUGCAGAGCCAUCACCUAGAGCGGCUGCCCCCACCCGGACGCCACUCAGUCGCACGGGGGCACUCAGUAGCGCGGGGCAGUUUUCCAGAAGGUCAUCAGAGGACUCCACCACUGACGACUCUGCACUACCGGCCAACGUGAGGGAGAUGAGGGCCGAAUUGAAAGAAUUAGACGAAAAAUUCCGCAAGGCUAUGAUAACUAAUGCACAGUUAGAUAAUGAAAAAGCGACUCUAACAUUUGAAGUAGAACUUAUGAAGGAUAAGUAUACCGAGCUUGAAGAAACACAUACACAGUUAUCGAAAGAGCAUAGGAAGAAGUGUACUGAAUAUGAACAACUUAAGAAAGUAGCAACAAAGUUACAAGAAGAAGUUAAAGCUCUUCGGGCUUUGUUACAAGAAAGAGAUGCGUUAAUACAGGAAUAUGGCUUGGUGGUGGUUGGCGAGGAGGAGAACGGCGAAGCGGAUAUUCCCGUCAAGGAUGAGGACGAUGAGUUUGCUGACAUGGAUGACCUCACACCUAGGAAGAUUGCCGUGAAGAAGGCGCUGCUUUCUCAGGAAGCAGCUGAUUUGCUCAGCAAAGGAGCUGCUCAGGAUUCAUUAGAUGUUAGGUUAAAGAAGUUUGGUGAAGAGAAGAAGGAACUAGAAGACCAAGUUAGAAGAUUGAAGCUCGAACUCGAGGAGGAAAAGAAUAAGAACAGAAGAAGAAAAGAAAAUGGUUUAGACUAUGACAGGCAAAAGGAACAAAACAAAACUGUAAACGAAUAUAAGUUUAGAGUGCAGAAGGCAGAAGCUGAAGUGUCUACUUUACAGGCUAACGUGGCAAGGCUGGAUGCUCUCUCGGCUCGAUAUAGGACCCAAUCGGAAGAACUAGAGAAGAGUGAAGAGGAGCUAAAAUCGGAAAAGCGAAAAUUACAACGGGAACUGCGAGAAUUACAACAAAAAUACGAUGAACUGGAUUCUUCGAAGAAUUUCCUCCAGAGGCAGUAUGAUAAAAUGAGGCACGACAGAAUUGGCCGAUUCUAAGGGAUGCCCAGAAUAGGUUAGAAGAACUGGAAACCACCAAUAGCCAUCUAAUAAAACGGUUUGACAAGUUAAAAAAUGCCAGAUCCACCCUGCUCAAGGACCUGUCCCAAGACCCUGCCUGAGGAGCUGGGCGGACCUGCAGCCUCUCCUCCCAAGGACCUCCGACCUCUCCUCCCGCCAAUCUUCAACUUGUAGGCCACGAUGACACCCAAAACCUGUUGGGGAAGCUUGACGAAGUUCCUGGGUGAAUAGUGCUUAUGGACUAUUCAGUGUGAUACAAUGUUACUAGGAAUGUAGGUGUUGACUGCAUAUUAGGAGAAGAAAAAAAUAAGAAAACAGUUCUCUCUCACUCUCUCUCUUUAUUGUUUUUUUGUUUUUUCAUUAUCAUUAUCAUUAGUGUGAUGGAAAUAUGGUACUACCUAGUAAUGAGGUUAUUUAGGAAUUAUGAUAAUAAAAGUUAUUUGAGUUGUGUACAUGGACGUAUUGUGUAAUACAGCAAUAUGUGAAUGGUUUUAUGAUAUAUCUGCCUUCAGAUUGCUUGUUUGCAGAAAGUUGCCAGUUGUUACAAGUUGAAGGCUUGCUUACUGAGUAUCCCACAGUAACUACUUAAUCAUCACCCCCCCCCCCCUUUCUCUCUCACAACCCCUUGCUCCCCUCUCCUUAUGAAAAUCUCUGUGAUUAUGUUAAUAUUUGAUGGGUGGAUACUUUAGACCAUUUUAAAGAAUAUAUGAAACAUAAUGAUAACUGAAAAAAUAAAAGGAUGCCUUUGUGCCUCAACAACCUUUAUAGCUUUUGAAGUUAAUAUGCCUCAGGUGAUGAGUCUGCCUUCUUGGGUGGGUUAACAGUUGAUGAUACUUUAACCAGGGCUGCUUUUACACAGCAUCAUCUCAGGCUAAAGUGGUCUUUGUUAAAGCAACCCAAACUGAAGCUUUACUGUACUUGAAAACAGGGCUGAAGCUGCCACUGCCUAGCUGGUUGGACACUUGUUAUACACUGUCAACCUUGGGGUCUAUACAGAGUGUGUGAAGCCUGGAAGUUUUUGUUGAAUCAGGUGAUCAGUGAGUUACUCAUUUGUUUUUUUUUUGGCUCUUUAUUGAUUUUAAAUAUUACUAUUCCUAUUACUAUUAUCAUCAGCUUAAUUCAGUUAUAUUUUUAUUCAUGAAAGUUGCUAAAAACUAAAUCAAAAUAUUUCAGAAAUACUGAUACCAUUUCAAAAUUAUUUUCCAUUUCUUUUCCAUGUUUAAAAUCUUAAAUUGCCUUGCUUCCACCUGAAACAGCAUUAGGUUUGUUCUAGCGUUAGAGUAUAUUUUUUGUGUUAAAUCACAAUUUAUUUUCAUUUGUGUUUUUUCAACAUUCAAUUUCUUCCUUGUACCUUUGGAGUGCAUCCUUGUAGCCAGUAAUUAUAAUCAUAUUCAUGUUUGCAGAGUGAUGUCCAUAUUUCCAAUGGACUUCCUGUUUUUUUCUCUCUUUUUUUCUGUCCACCAUAAAUAUAUAGAUAUAUUUUAUGCGCGUGGAGUGUUAAUACCGUUUGGAAUUUAAUGUGAUAAUUUUUAGAAAUGUGCCACUGUGCCGUUGUUCCUGUCCGAGCACAUCAUGUCCAUUUUAAAGAACAAUAGAUUAUGGUUGGUUGGUUAGUAUAUUUAUUUAUAUUAUUGUCCAAAAAAGAGAAGAAUUUGUAUGUUGUUAUUCUAUCCAUUGUUGUUCUCAUUAGUGAGGAGAAAGGAGUGACCAGAAAUUGCUACACAGGUUCAUUGGUCUCUCUCUCUCACAAGUGUUGCACAAAACAAGUUUACUUUAUGACAAAUGUUAUUUAUUGUUACAUGUGAUUGAAGCUUCUGGCAUUGUUGAGCAUAAUCGAGAAGUGGAUCAUUCCUCCCUGCCGUAACAGGAAUGCCCUAAUUGCGAAGGGGCAAAUUAUGAGCAGCCAGUGCUUUAUCCUUCCAAACGUGCUAGCCUAUCACACAGAUUUAUGCAUGUCCCAUUUGGUGCAGGAAAGCACUCAAGUCAGCCUACAAGGAAUCUACAAAGAAAGAACAAAGAAAAUGCCGCAUGUAUUCAUUUAGAUCCAGGGAAAUAGUCUGUACACUUUCUCAGUCAUGCAGAGUGAUGAAAUGUCUUCAUUACACAUACCAGCAGAAUUUCUCAUCAUGGUUACUUAAGUCUUAAAACACAGAUACAAAGUCAGAAUGCUGACACUGCUUUCAUUUCAGGAAAAAUAUAAAUAUAGACCUAUAUAUAAACACAUCUGCGAGUUUCAUCAGUUGAAGUUGGUGGUAGAAAACUCCAUGAGCAGCAUCUCAGCUCACACUGAUGUUGCAUUAACCCAGUGAUGAAUGCCCACCAUACCAUACCAGGUACACAUGUCAGGGUCAGAUGGCCAGAGCCUCGUGCAGUCCCGUGCAGUCAAGAAACUCAAGUGUGAAUCUUUGGUGUAAAUCAAAGCUGAGCCUCACUUACCUCAACCAAGGCUGAUGGUCUUCGAUGACUUCACAGAGGAACGUGCAUGCCAAAUACUGUUCAGGUGGUGGGGAGCUUCAACUAACCCAGCUCUUAGGGACCACUUAGGCAACAGCUGACAGAGAUCGCCUCGAAGCACUCGUGUGUUUACAUAAUUACCCUGACUGCCCCUGGCUCAGCCUAGAGCUGGUGGUCAGUUAGUGUUGCAAGAUCGAAGUGGUUCAAAAGUGGGUUAGCAUUUUUAAGAUAGAUAAAGUAGGUAUAUUUGUCCAGGGUCAUCAGAUUAGUUUGGUUUCUCUAUUUUGAAAAAAGUUGAUGUAGUACUUACACAUUUGGUGAGAAAUUGACCAAGAAAUUCAUGGCAUUCAUGUUGGUGAUUGCCAGUUAUUUUGAUAGUUGUUUGAAUAAUUUCUAGUUUUAUCUUAUAGUUUGAGCUUUUCAUUUGUCCAAAAAGGGGGAAAGAAAUGUUUAAAGGUUAGAUAGAACCACAGUUUUCAAGACUAUCCUGAUAAGAGUGGAGUAUGAAGAGCUUGAUUGAUCAUGAACUAAAAAGGAAAUGUAAAUAGGAUCGAAUCAGCAUUGGGCCAAUUAGUAUCAUAUUAGAGAAACUCAUAUUUUUUCUAUUGAGAUACCUAUUUUUGGUCUUCCAACUUUUUAUUUUUGAAAGGGUCUGCAUGUGAAGGUUUUGUGUCGUGCUGUGAGGUUGAAGUUCAAAGUAAAGCGCUUUGUCCACAAGGAGUUCUAGACGAAGACAGUCUCUCUUAUUUAUCAAGCUAGUGUGUGAUGAUUAUCUUGCAUAAAGAAGAGGAGGAAGAUGCUGCUUCUUUCCUACUCUUGAAAGUUUUGCUUUCGUUUGGAAGGCGUUUUGCUUAUGAUGUACUGGUACUUAUUUUCUUACAGGGGUUCUGGCAUGGUCAUUAAUAAGUGCCAGAUAUGUAUUUAUUAGUGCUCACAUAACAUGAUUUUAUUUUAUUUUAUUUGCACAGUGUGCCAUGUUAUUGUUUUUAACUGCAGAAUUGAUUAAAGGCACAACAUCAGAUAUGUUAAGUGUUAGAGGAAUAUUUAUAUAUACAAAUAUAUAUAUAAAAGAUGACAAUCGUAAGAGAUCAGUUGGAUGUAAUUUAAGAGAAGGAAUUUCAAAAGCUCUUUGUGUUGCAGACCCUUCUAACGUCAGGCCGAGGUACCCUUGAGGGACUCGAGCCUGUUGCCAGUCAUAGCUGUAACUUCAUGCUCAGUGUGCCAAUAGAGGAUUCUGUUGGCCCCAUGCUAGCAGGAGUGCUCAAGGGUAGUGUUCUAAAGGUUGUUUGCAUCAAGCUAUUUUGCUCCUGGAGGAGGAGGCCCAGACGAUGAAGUAUGUAGUCAGAUUUGGUAAUUUCUUUGGCAAUGUGAGUGCGAACAAAGGACAGUUUGUUAGUGUGUGAGUGCGUGAUAGUGUAUGCAUGCAUGCCAGGCAAGUCUGUGAAAAUGUUUUGACUGUUCCAAAUGACAUUGCCCAAGCAAUUACUGGUACUAUUUUUUAUAUUUCACAGCCUGGUUUUAAAAAGUUGCUGUAAUUUUUUACGAAAUGGAAGAAAAUGCAAUAUUAUUUCAUUACUGAGAAACAUUGAUUAAACACAGCCAUUUAGCAUGUGUCUUGCUCAUGAAGGUUGCAUACUAAUGAAAAAAGUACUGUGUGGGGACAGCUGAUUAUCAUCACCUAAAAUUUACUCCUUUGCAGCCAACAAACAGUGAAAUUACCCUAAACUACUUAUUUAUUUAUAUACAUAUUUUUUCUUGUAUACAUAAUAUGGAUAUUGGCUUCCUCUUAAUUAGUUUAGCUUCAUUCUUCCAUUUGUGAUAACCAAUAUUUCUAAUCUUCCAGUUUAUAAUAACCAGUAAUGAGAGCUUAAAGUCUUUAGAUCUGCUUCUUAAACCUUUUCCCAAAGAGGCCAUAUUAUAUAUGAUGUAGUAGGCCCAGUCUUUUAACAAGAAAAACAAAAGCAAAAAGAAACAAAAAAAAAGUGCUGAUAUUGAAGUACCUUUACAUUUUGUAAGCAACCGUUUUAGUUUUAUUUAUUUUACUUGUUUUUGUUUUAUUCCACAAUAUAUUUGCCACCAACCACCAUCAGGCAAUAACAAAUGCAAAUUGUUUGUGAUACAAGGCUCAGCUUCCGUGCAGUCCUUCAUCCAGGCUGGUUGAAGGUGGAAUGCAUUCGGGGCUGUUGUCCAGUACACAUGUAAGGUGCUUCAACUUCUGGAUAAUAAAGAAAUAUCUGGCUUCAUGUGUAGGUCAGUGGAGUGACCUAUAUUUGGCUUUAUGUAUAAAUUUGUGAAUGGCUUGAUUGUACAGAGUUGGAGAUGUGUAAAUAAUGGUCCUUAUUUCACACUGUGUAAAAAAUAGCAAAUAAAUUAAUACUGACCUUA